AUUAGAAAACAGAGAAUGGACACAGAUUACAGAGCUAUCCUGACUGAGGAGGUUGCAUUGGAGGGACUGGAUGGCAUUACUCUGCAAGCAUUAUGGGUAAGACUGGAAAACCGGGUUAACUUCAAAAUGAGGCUGGAUGAGAAGAGUAGGGAAUUCCUGUGGUCCUGUUUGCUGUCCAUCCCGGAUCUGGAGUUCUACAAACUGGAAACUCCCCGGGGAAUCCUUACCGCAAAGCAGCCAAUCCAAAUUGACCCAGACUCAGGAGUUACAGUGGAUUUUGAUGUGGGAGAAGACUUGUAUCCAAUCAAAAUCAUCAAGAGUGAGGGCUCUGUGAUUGGCUCCUGUUCUACGUAUUAUAGUAGACAAUGUGUUACCAUGGAAAUAAAACCAAACGAUGAUUCUCAAGCUAGACCAACUGUGAAAGAGGCGGAGGAGAGAUAUGGUAACAGUCUGGUGAUUGUGGGCUCUCAGGAGCAGAGACUGACUGCUUUGUGUGGUGAAGAGCUGGACCCCAGUAGUCUGUAUAACAUGGCAGACAUCGGCUUCUGUGUACUGGAGAGGAUUGGCAGGUCUCGGAGGGCAGGGGAAUUGUCUGUUGGUGAAUCCAGUCUACAGGUCUUUAAUAUCCAACCCAAGUCCAUGUUUUACCACUCGCUGCGACUCAUCAAACUAGGCAUACUCAAAAAACAGAGCAUCACUGUGUACAACAAAAAGGGACAGAACUCCUUACGACGUUUAUUUCACCUGAGCCGAUUCUACCAUCAGUACCAGUCCAAGUAUACCAUACUAUCUAAUCUAGUGGUCAAUUACCUGAACGAUCAACCAAUGAAACGACAGGAAAUCACAAAAACCAGACAGGACUGUGGUAUAGAUCAAAAGAGUUUUAAGAAGCUGUACCAAAGCUAUCAUAAGAGGUUCCAUGUGUUUACUAUUCCAUAUAAUGAGAUGUAUCCAGACAGUCCCGAGAGUAACUGGUAUACCAGAAAUGCGGAUUUGAAAAUGGUGCGUGUGAUUGAGGUGUUAGAAGAAGAAAGUGAUGAAGAAGAGGAUGAGGAUGGAAAGAUAGAAGACAUUAAUGAAGAUGAGACAUAUUUUCCGCAAGUCUAUGAGAAAUCUAUCGUGCGACAAGCAAUGGAUUGUAUGGAGGCCGCGGGGGCAGAGGGCGUGUCACAAGGUCAGAUGAUGAAGAGGCUGUCGAUGGACAAUCUAGAGACGCGGAUGAUCCUACGUACCCUGGGACGACGCGGCGUGGUCACCUCACUGAUGACGGAGUCAGGAAAACAGAAGAAAAAAGUGAUGGUGUCUAGGUCUUUUGUCGGUGGAAACAAACUGAUAACUCAGAUUAAUCAGGAAAAAGAGAAACUGAAACAGUCUCUCCAGGACAUCAACAAGCAGGUCAAAGAAGAUCCAGAGAAAUCUAUAGAAGAAACUCAAACGGAAAUGGAGGACAAAGCUUCUAAAAAGAAGGACAAAGAAAAAACACCCAAGAAAAGUGAAAAAGAGAAAAUUGAUGAAGAAGUUCAGGGCUUAGUUCUUAACAUGAACACCCAGAAUAGGAACUUCAGAAACCAAGUCUUAUCGACAUGCCAUUUUGCACAUGCCGAGAGUUCCGAUAAAUACUUCCGGGUCAUAGAUGUUGAAAGAAUGAGGAUUUGUGCCAUUAAAGACUGCACAAGCAGCACUUACCAACUCAAAAAAUGGAAAAAGACAUUUUGUGAAGUGCACCAAUGCAACAGUGGUACAGGAUGGUGUGUGUGCCCUCCCCCAUUUGAUCUGAUACCCUUUCCAACAGAAAGAAAAGACCCCGAAUUAAGGGCAAAAUGGAUUAAAUUAGUUAAUCGACAGUUGAAACCUGGGAAAAAUUGGAAGCCUGAUGAUGACAGUAGAAUAUGUUCGAAACAUUUUGAAGGAGGCAAUCCUGUCCCAACAUUAAACCUUGGGUAUGAACUAACUAUGCCUUUAAAACUCAGGCCUCCCCCAAAGGAAAGACAGCCAUUAAUACAAAAAUCUAAGAAAUCUUCAGAAACCAAGGUUAAAACUGAUGAAAAUGAAAAUGUUGUCCAUCUAACAGAAGAUAAUUCAGUUACGUGUACAGUUCCUUUACAAUUUGAGCAUGAUUAUUGUGCAAAAUGUGUUUGUAAUGCAAACUGUGAGUGUUUAGGGUGUUUAGAGAAAUCUAAAAUGAUAAAUAAUCUUAGUUAUCAGUUGGAAAGAUUGCAAAUGGUCACGACAAAUGAAAGUAAACUCCAUGGAAAGAAGAAUGUGCACAAAAGGUUUACAAAAACAGAUAAAAAAGUAAGAGCCAACACUGGCCUUCCGAAUAAAUCAACUCUUCUGAACUUAUACAAAUAUUUAAAACCAAAAUCCCAUCGCCUGAGAUAUUGGGAGGGCUCUAAAAAAGUGAUCAGUACCAAAGUACCUCGUCGUUUCAAGAAAUCCCCAAAAAAGAGUGGUCCAGAGAAAAAACUUGGUGCACUUGAUGAGCUUGUUUUAACAUUAAUGAAACUUAGACUAGAUAUUAACUUUGAAUUUUUAGCCGAUUUAUUUGGAGUCUCUCAGGGUACAUGUUCAAAGAUUUUUAACACUUGGAUAAAAUUUCUGUCCAAAGAGUUAAGGCCUCUGAUCUUCUGGCCAGACAAAGAAAUUGUCAGAAAAUUACUACCACCAUCAUUAAUAAAACAGUACGCCAAACUUAGAUGCACAAUAGACUGCACUGAAGUUUUCAUUGAAAAGCCGAGACAUUUGGAACUACAAGCUCUCACGUGGUCCGAUUAUAAACAACAUAAUACAGUUAAAGUACUUAUUGGAAUAGCUCCUAAUGGAGCUAUUUCUUUCUUAAGUAAGUGUUAUGGUGGAAGGAUGUCGGACAGACAGAUUGUCCGUGAAUCAUCUUUUCUUGACUUAAUAGAUCCUGGCGACAUUAUCUUAGCUGACAGAGGCUUUCCAAUUCGAGAGGAACUUUUGCUCCGGUAUGCAAAUUUGGUUAUUCCACCUCCAGGAUCCGGCAUUCAACAAAUGACAAGAGAAAAUGUAGAAAAAACAAAAAGUAUUGCUAAUGUACGUAUCCAUGUUGAAAGAGCCAUCAACAGGAUCAAGUGGUUUGCCAUUUUGAAGAACACACUACCAAUUACUCUGGUUCCUCUUGUAGAUGACAUUGUUUCUAAUUUGAACUCUGAUGUGACCCUCAAUGAGAUGUUGUUAGAUGUUAGUGUAGCAAAAAUGGAAGGAGGUAUGAAAGCCCCUGUUUCACAUUCAACAACUGUACCAACAUUGACAUCAUCCUCUGGGGAGAAAGCUGGUGUAGAUAGUGGAAGAGCAUACUGGAAAGCACAGGAGGAAGGACAGCUGUCAUAUAGUGCAUGCAACAAACUCUCUAAGUUCGUCAAAGCCACUUGUCGACAAAUGAAACGAAUCAAUUACAUCUUGGACUUCAUCAGAGAAAACAAAAUCAUAGAUGGUAUUUUUCCGAUCGUUAAGAUGAUUCGGGAUAAUGAGCGAAAUGAGAAGUUGGAGUUUAUUGUUGACAAAAAGUCGGUGAUUCGUCUCCUGUCUGUCCUGACCAAGGAACAGAAAGUCAACGUCGUCAACACAGUACUGGUGGACGGCAACAAGGAAAAAAAGAUGCAAAUGUGGAUGAGCAAGGAGGUAGAGCCGACAGACCCACUUGUGACAUCCCUUAUAGAUCAGGCUAACAUGAAGUUUCAGGCUGUCAACAGGGAACAGGUGGCCAAGAAAAAUCCCAAAUCCCGGGACCUCCCAGAGGUACCAGAGACAGCAAAAGAAGGCAUAUAUCAGAUAAUGUCACAUCGCAGCAAGUUGAAAGCUGAGGAUAUGAUUUAUGAUGUGGCCUAUUCGAAGCAUUAUGAUUUCCGGCCUAAGUUCUCUCGAGCUCAGAUUCUCCAUAAUCUGUUGUGGUACCUGGUGUACGACUAUCCCAACACUGCAGCUUGUCCUUCAAACGCUGACCUUGCGAAUGAUCCGGGAGCUACCCCUAUGAAGGCGGAAAUCAGCAAUCCAGACAGCAGUGUAGAGGGAGAGAAA